AUGGAUCGUGAAGCGCAUCAAGAUUGUGAUACUGCGUUUGAGACAGACGAUAUCCAUCUUGUUACAGAGUCUCACGAGCAGAUGCCCGGUGAAAUGGAGAACGUGGCCAGCUCGCAUAGUUCUGAUUCGGAUUCAGACAUUGAGAUGCAGGUAUGCCUCAAAUCGAUAGAGAGAGUCAACCGCUUGCGGGUGAUGGUCGGAGCGGAAAUUGCGAAACAUUUUCGCCUAGGUGAUAGUAAGCGCGACCAAAUUCAGGCUGUGCUAGAACAGAACACGGCGCGCAUUUUGAAAAGGUUGCAGCGUCUGAAGGAAACCAUUGAGAAACGCACUUGCGCUCUGGCUACCUUAGACAAAGUCAAAGAGCAUUUCGACUUGAACAGCGAAGAUGAUGUGGCCAAUAAACUAGAACAGCUAGUUAUAGGCGAAUGUACCCUGAAUAAGUUAGCUAGGAAGCUUAACUGUGAUAAAACAGGUGUUAAGCGUCGUGUGAAAGGGUUGAUAAAGAAUGAAACCGUUCUAAUGAAUUCAGUAUCAUCUUUGCAGGAGGUUUGCAACCAAAAGGACGAAGAGAUUCGAGCGCUUAAGGAAGAGCUCGAGAAGCAGAAACGACGACUGGCCGAGCUCGAAGGCUCUCAAGACCGCGAAGGACGCGUAGGGCAGCAUGAAUCAUUACCAGGUAGGGUAAUGCCCGGAAUUAGUAGCGUCAAUGAUGCCAGUGAUGUCAGUGAGUCUGAUGAACACUUUCAGAGUGGCUGGCACAUGCGGGAGAAAAAGAAGGGCUGUCGUCGCGAGAGGUUCAGCAGUUCGUCGAGGAGGAACUGCAAGGAUCCAGGUAUGAGUCAUGACUAUUUGAAUACUUCAAAUAGUGAGAGUAUGAGUGAAAAAAUACGUAAACACCGCAGGAAGUCAAGUGUAAGGACGCAAGAUAAGAUGGGAGAGUAUCUAAGAUAUGUAGCCUCACCUGACGUUUCACCAUACUCUGGAAAAGAAAAAUACUCGUUAAACUUUGUAGAAGCGUUCGAGCUGAAAUAA